AUGACCACCACAACCCCACCAUCCGCCAAAAGGCCCCAGAUCAGCAUCAUCGGCUCUCUCAACAUCGACUUCGUAACAGCGACCCCGCGCUGCCCCGGCGCCGGCGAGACCCUGACAGCAACCUCCCUUACCGUCUCAGCAGGCGGCAAAGGCGGAAACCAAGCCGUAGCCUGCGGCCGCGCCUCCUUCACAUCGCAAUCAACCCAAGAUGUAUCCGUGAACAUGAUCGGCGCCGUCGGUGCCGAAGACCCAUACUACACAACCCUUCUCCAACCAGCGCUCGAGAAAUCCGGCGUCGACACAACAUCCAUCGAACAAUCGACGGUCGCGCAAACGGGUUCCGCAACCAUUAUCGUGGAAGAAGCCAUUGGCGGCGAGAACAGGAUUCUCGUCGUCCCCGGCGCAAACCAUGCCGGAUUACUAAGUUCCGUGGACAAUAUUCUCUCUACACUCAGCCGGUCAUCGAAGCCCGAUAUUGUAGUUUUACAGGGCGAGAUCCCGCGCACCACGACACUGGGAUUGUUGGAAUAUUUCAAUGAUGUUUCUGUCUCGGACCGCGCGAAAGUGGUUUUCAAUCCUGCGCCUGUAUUCCCAGAGGGGAUUCCGCUUUCGGCGCUGCGUGGUACCGCUGUGCUUAUUAUGAAUGAGACGGAGGUCGUGCAGAUGGCGCGGUCGAUUGAGGGUCUUCCUGUUGGGGAUGUUGUUGAGGGUGAUGAUUUGCGGCCUGAGGAGUUGGCGCCGCAGUUCCAUGAGAAAGCGGGCGUUGAGAUUGUUCUUAUUACCCUUGGUGCGAAGGGUGUUUAUUUCUCGACCAAGACUGGUCGCACCGGUAUUGUUGCUGGUGUUAAGGUUGCCAAGGUUGUUGACACUACUGCGGCCGGUGAUACUUUUGUUGGGUAUUUCGCGACUUCCGUGGCGCGUUUCUUGGCUACGGGACAAACCUUGGAUGCGUUUGAUGAUGACAUUGAGGGUGCGGUUUCGAUGGCGAAUGCUGCUGCCGCUAUGUGUGUGCAGAGACGAGGUGCUAUGCAAAGUAUUCCAUUUGCGUACGAUAUGCAAUAA